AUGGCGGCGACCGGAGCAGCGGUGCUGUGGGGUCUGACGGCACAGCGGCUGGGCGCGGCAGAGCCGCUGCAGCUGGGCUCGCUGCGGGGCAAGGUGCUGCUGGUGGUCAACGUCGCGUCGCUCUGAGGGACGACCAGGCGCGACUUCCUGCAGCUCAACGAGCUGCAGCAGCGCUACGGGCCCCGCGGCUUCCAGGUCCUCGGCUUCCCCUGCAACCAGUUCGGGCACCAGGAAAAUGCUACGAAUGAGGAGAUCCUGCUGUCGCUGGAGCAUGUUCGUCCUGGCAACGGAUACAAGCCCAAUUUCAUCAUGCUCGAGAAGUGCGAGGUGAACGGGAAGAAUGCACACCCUCUGUUCACCUUCCUGAAAGAAGCGUUGCCCUUCCCGCACGACGACCCCUCCUCGCUGAUGACCAACCCGCAGUACAUCAUCUGGUCCCCGGUCUGCCGCAACGACAUCUCCUGGAACUUCGAGAAGUUCCUCAUCGGCCCUGACGGUGUGCCCUUCAAGCGCUACAGCCGGCAUUUCGAAACCAUCAAGAUACAGGAUGAUAUUGAAUUGCUUCUGCAGAAGGUCUCCAAGAGUGCUUCCCAAUAAAGUGGGGUGCUGCAGCUCUCACUGCUGAGUGCCUUUGCUUCCUGCUCAGCUUGCUGUGCUCGGUUCUCUUGCAGGAGGCUGCUGCUCUGGUAGAAAUCCCAAUGUCUUGUGCAGAUUUUGCUUAUGAUAGUGUGUCUUCCAAAUUCUUGAAGCACACCUGAUGUUCUCAAAAGUUGCAUGUGAAUGUUUGGGAUACUAUGCUGGGGAAGGCAGCUGUGAGGCUCAGUAGCUUUCUGUGAAUCUCUGAAUAAAAAAAUUGUAUACUUU